UUGGCAUCACUGGCCCGCGGUUUUAUGUGUCAAACUGGUGUCAAACGGCCACGCAUCCACCGUUUGUCUUCUGCAUUUCGCCGAUGACUGGCGUCGCCGAGCAUGGGAGGCUCGUACGAUCUGCAUAGCAUCGUUCGCAACCUGCGCUCAAACAAGGUUACGGACCGCAAAAGGGCAUUUUCUGCAUUGAGGAGUGCAAUGAAGGACCAGAGCAUCCUUGCCUCCCUGGACAAGAACACGCUUGACAAAGUCAGCCUAACCUGGGACUUUCUUGCUGGGAACAUCACCAAAGUGAUUGAGCAGGAGCUUAACAAGUGUACUGGACAGGCCAAGAACACAGUGGCUGGGCCUGAUGUGCUUGCUGCUGUCAUGCUGCUUCGAACAGUGGUUCAGCUGGCCAACAGAAGACAGUCGCUGCUGAGCCCACGGAAGAUAUUGGAGCAUGUCCAGCGGGUCCUGGCUGAAUGUCAGCAGCAGCAGCUGCAGGUGCAGUAUGCUCGCCUCCUCCGGCUGCUGCUGCUGCUCGGUGGGUGGCAGGCCACACUGCCGCCGUCCGUCUACCACGGUCUGGUUGAAGGAGUGUGCCGGCUGUUACGCUCAGACAAGGAGGACACUGAUGUGGUGGUGCUCAGCAGCACCUUACACCACCUGGUGACCUUGGGCUUCUACCAGGAGGAUGCCUGCCUCGAGACUGUCCUCAGGACACUGGCUGGCUCCUUUGCCAGGAUCAGGGAGACAGGCACGGCAAGCCAAGUGGUUCUGCAGCUGUCCAGCCUGGUGGAAGUCGGUCGUCGACUUGGGGCCAGGAGGUGUCGAUUGCUGUGCACCCUAGGUGAGCCCCUGGUGCGGACCUUGCUACUCCUCGGCACCUGGAAUUCUCCACAGAUCAAGGUGCUGUCUCUGGAGUUUCUCGCCCUGCAGCUGAGCCUGCACAGCGGGAGCGAUGUGGACGACCAGAGUGGGUGGCGGUGCCUGCUCCGAGACUGGCAUUGCCUGCUGAUGCAACAGCUGCAGGAGCGGGCUGCCUCGGUGGUCAACCAGCAGGAUUUGCAUGUGCGCAGAGCCCAGGUGUGGCUGGCUGCCGAGACACUGCACCAGCUGGAGCCACAGGGCACUGCCCUGCCCACUGCUGUAGCUGCACUGGUGGCUACAAGGCCGCGACUUGGCCGAGAUGUGCUGCCCAGGCUGGAGGUCCUCGCCUGCUACCUGUGGAAGUACCCGGAAAUUGCUGGUCACAAGUUGCCCAGCCUUCAAAAGCUGCUGGAAUUUCUCACGCAGUGCUACUCAUCCUGUAAGCUGAUGGAUAUGAAACGCUGUGUCCUUUUGUGCUACCAUGGGGUAUCUCGUGCACUUGUGCCUGGCCAGAGACCACCAUGGCCCCUGUGGAAUGUAGUCUGGGAACAGACGUCCAAGACAGUCUUCCUGAACCAGUGCGUGGAGGAAGGCCACCUGGUGCUGCAGGAGCUUCUGCGGAAACAGCUGGCACCCUGUUCCGACCUUGGCUCCCUAUUUUGCCCAGGCCGACCACUCGAGCCCUCGGCCCUGCGGAGCUUGUGUGUGAUGCUGUGCCAAGCCACCCACGUGGAUGCCUUGCUGCCCGAGAAGCACAGGUGGCGACUGUGGCUGCUGGAGCUGCCGGCCACUGUCCAGCUGGGAUCUGUCCUGGUGUUGCGGGGUGAGCUGCUUGCUGCCUUGUGCUUGGCACGGCCGGCCACUGCCCUGGCCUCGCAGUGUGUUCCACCUCAGGUUUGGCAGGACCCUUACCCCUGGAGGGCUGUUCUGGAUGCUGACCUUUACCGUCGGACUACCGCCGUUCCCCGCACGGACUCUGAUGCCACGGACACAGGCAGCGAGCGCAAGACACCAGCGACUGUUGUCGAGACUGCCUGGGAGGCCACAUUGGACACACUGAUCAAACAGGGCCUGGCAUUUGUUGACUCCGCUGAGACGUUGCCAGCAUGCCUUUGUUCUGGGGCCAUGGGCGCCAUCUUGCUAACACACAUGUGGCGACUACAAGCGAGGCAAGCCCUGUUCGACAGCCCUCUGGUCAAGCAGCUGCAGAGCUGCCUGCGGGACUGCAUGGAGAAGCUGGUGCACCAGCAACAGUGCUGGGAUGCUGCUUUGCUUUGCCUGCUGGAGGCCCUGCUGUCGUACGUGGAGAGGGGGCCAGCCCCGGCCUGUGUGUGGCUGCUGGGUGCCUUGCCACAGGAGCUCGAUGACCGCCUGCUCACCACCCUUCGAGCAGCUCUCGACUGCAUGGGUGGUGACAUUGGUGUCCGACUGCAUGGUGAUGUGACUGAGGGUGCCCAUGGGGACAGUGACGAGUGGGCCGAUGAAAGCCUGCCAUCAUCCAGUGUGACCUCUUCUCAGGGCUCGAGCGGUGGCGACUUUGAAUUUGCUGACACUGGACAGUCCAUCUGCUCUGACAUAUCUGCCACGGUGCUGUCGGCCGACCGGCUCACCCAGGAGGAGGUGCAGCAGCUGGCAGUGCUGCGCAUUGCCUUGUCCUACUUCUGCCUCAGCCGUCGUGCUGCUGCUGCUGGCGGUGCCUUUGGCCAAUUGCUCCAGCUGCUGGAGGAGGCAGCUCAAGGGCUCGGCGCAUGGAGCAUCCAGGCAGCAUUACAGGUGCUGCGGAUGCUGCUCGAACGGGCGGAGCUGUUGACUGAGGCCGAGCUGUUCUCACUGGUUGAUGCACUCAGGGAGCUGAUGAAAGUCCACUGUCGUCAGCUGGACGUGUCAGCUGCCCUGCUGGAGCUUGCAAGACUCUGCGUGCCGGCUUUGAACCGCUGGGGGGCUGGCACCCACUCGGAGCUGCGCCACUGCUUCCUGGUGGUGCUUGAUGCUUAUGCUGCACUGCUCUCACAAGGAAUCCUCAACGAGCUGGUCUCCUUGGCAUUCCUGCGCCUUCUCUUAGAGUGCCUACAGCCCUCAUCAGGCUAUUACAGGAGUGGAGAAUAA